UGUAGUGUUUCUCGCUCCGAGGUGGAGAGAAUAACUUCUUACGAGCGUUUAUUUCUGUAGCCGAUUACGAGUGAAGGAUAAAAAAAACCACACACACACACGGCGAUAAAGUAGGUUUUGGCGCAACAGCGCUGUUGGAAUUGGAGAGGCGCGGAUCUGGGCUUUAAAAUCGACUUUUGCCGAGUUGCUGUGGAGGUCGAAGAGUGUAGGCUACGACUGGUGUGGUGCGUGGAAGUUGGAUUUGGAUCGGAGGAGCUGUGCUGCUAACGUCGCCCUGACAUCCAACCGCGUUUUCUGGUGUUUUAACAAAGUCCAAGGUUUUGAUUGGCUGAGCAGAGUGUUCCAGCAGAACCUCGGUUCUCUCCUUAGAACCCAGCGGAACCCACUCUGACACCCAGUCAGGUGAAAGAACCCCCACACGUGGAACGUUACAAGAACCGGGAAAGAGAGAGAGAACAGCGGGGGAGUGGAACUGUUGGAAUAAAGCUAAGGAAUCCUGCACACACACACACACACACACACACACACACACACACACACUCUUGAAGGCCUGCUUGCACCAGCUCCCCGCUGGUCCAUGUGUGUGUGCGCUGGGCGAGUGUGUGUGUGAGGGGACCGGUCGUUGGAGGGCGGAGCAGAAGGGCAUUGUGGGACAGGUGUGGUCCUCCAGCGGACCGCAUGUAGGUGCAGAGGGGGCGGAGUCUCGACAGACCGCUGGAGCAAGGCGCUUUGCAUGAUGGGAAAAGAACAGGAGCUGCUGCAGGCCGUGAAGAACGGAGAUCUGUUCUCAACUCAGAAGCUCCUGAGCAAGCUGAAGGCCAGCCGCAACAACAUAUCGGCUCAUUUCACACAAGCAAAGCAGAGGAUUGAAGCAGAGUUACUGGGCUCCACUAAGAAGCUGAAUGUCAACUACCAAGAUCAUGAUGGGUUCUCUGCUCUCCAUCAUGCGUCUCUAACUGGCACCUCUGAGCUGCUGUCUGCUCUGCUGGAUGCUCAGGCUACAGUAGACAUCAAGGACAGCAAUGGCAUGCGUCCACUGCACUAUGCUGCAUGGCAGGGUAAAGGGGAGUCGGUGCUGCUGCUGCUGAGAUCUGGAGCUGCGGUCAACACAGCAUCACUGGACGGACAAAUCCCCCUCCACCUCUCCGCCCAGUACGGACACUAUGAAGUGUCUGAGAUGCUCCUUCAGCACCAGUCCAACCCGUGUCUGGCAAACAAGGCAAAGAAGACCCCCCUGGACCUGGCUUGUGAGUUUGGACGUGUCAAGGUGGUGCAGCUGCUGCUCAACAGCAACAUGAUAGUGAGCUUGCUGGAGGGCGAUCGCAAAGAGACUCCAGACUCCAGCAGCAACACACCUCUGCACCUCGCGUCACGAAACGGACACAAGGACAUCAUACGGCUGCUGCUGCAGGCGGGCAUUGACAUCAACAGAGUGACCAAAACAGGCACGGCUCUGCACGAGGCCGCCCUCUAUGGGAAGACUGAGGUAGUGCGCCUGCUUCUGGAGGCGGGUAUUGAUGUGAACAUCAGGAACACGUAUAACCAGACCGCUCUGGACAUCGUCAACCAGUUCACCGCCUCCCACGCCAGCAAGGAGAUCAAGCAGCUCCUCAGAGAUGCCACAGGUGUGCUGCAGGUGCGUGCUCUGAAGGACUACUGGAACGUUCACGACCCCACGGCGCUAAACGUGCGUGCCGGUGAUGUCAUCAUGGUCCUGGAGCAGCACAUCGACGGGCGCUGGAAAGGUCAUAUCCAUGACAACCAGAAGGGCAUGGACCGCGUCGGAUUCUUCCCACCCUCCAUAGUAGAGGUCAUCAGCCGGCGGUCAGGGGGGACCCUGUGGCGCCACGCCUCUCUGCCCAGUCACCGGCAGCACUCGCUCCCCACAGCGCCCCCUAGCUGCCCAGGCACUGCGCCGCAGACCGACGACGCAUACACACUCUACGCACAGCACACACACCACGCCAACGGCCUCUCCGCAGCAGGGGACAGGAGCAGUGUGGGCAGCACUGGUAGUGUUGGCAGCACCAGGAGUGCAGGCAGCGGCCAGAGCACCGAGAGCAACAGCACCCCCAACGGGCUGCCCCCCGCCACUGCACACACAGACGGGAAUAAGAUGACGCCAUCUAGUGGAGACCUGCAGCACCCCGACCACAGCAAGCAGCCAGACCUAACAGCAGGCGUCCCACGCAGACCGAUGGCUGUGCAGCGGCCGUACGGUGAGCCAGGAGUGACUCAGCAGUUUGUGCGCCCCCAGCAGCUCCUGGAGGGAAAGGAUGCGGAGGCCAUAUCUCAGUGGCUGAGUGAGUUCCAGUUAGAACACUACACCUCCAACUUCCUCAACGCUGGAUACGAUGUGCCCACCAUCAGCAGAAUGACCCCAGAGGACCUGACUGCCAUCGGCGUGACCAAGCCUGGACACAGGAAGAAGAUCUCCACGGAGAUCGGCAACCUCAGCAUUCCAGAGUGGCUGCCAGAAUACAUUCCUGCUGACCUGGGCGAGUGGUUGAGUACCAUUGGACUGCCUCAGUACCAUAAGAAGCUGGCGGAGAACGGUUACGACUCCAUCACCAUCGCCAGAGAUCUCACCUGGGAAGAUCUGCAGGAGAUCGGCAUUACCAAACUGGGCCACCAGAAGAAGCUGAUGCUGGCGGUGAAGAAGCUGUGUGACGUGCACCGGGCGCAGCUGCACUCCGAGGCCUUGGGGGGCGCCACCCUCCGCCGCCGACCCCCCCCCCCCUCGCCGCACCUGAUGACCCUGGAGCCGUCCGACACACACGCGGCGGCGGGGGUCACGGGGGUCGUCUCCGGGGGUGACAUGCUCAGCUUCCAGGGCAGCGAGCUGAGCGCAGAGCUGCAGGACGCCAUGAGCAGCCCGUACGGCUCCUCCUCGGGUCGCCACGGCGACGUGAUGAUGCUGAUGGGGGGGUCGGGGGGGCUGUCCCACAGCGAGGAGAGUCUGGACGCGCGGUCCAGGGGGUCGGGACGGUCGGGCGACGCCCCCGGAACUCCCCCCCCCACGACGACGACGCGCUUCAGCCGCUCGCGAGAGAGCCUCAGCAGCUCGGAGAACAGCCCGGCCCGCGAGCGGAACCUUCCGGAAGGACACAGCACACACACACACGCGCACGCGCACACACACGCGCACGGCUCGGCCAAGGCGGCGCUGUCGCAGAAGUACCCGGCCCCGCAGCCGCCCGCCAAGCCCAAGCACCCCGGGAUGGUGAUGAUGCCCGCCGCCGUCGCCGCGGCAACCGGCGGCGGGCGCGGCUUCAGCUACCUGGCGGGCAGCGCCACACUGGGGUCGGGGUCGUCCCGCGGGGUCGGAGGUCGCACGCAGAGCCUGACGCGCUACGCUCUGUCCGACGGGGAGCCGGACGAUGAUGAUGAUGAGGAUGGUGGAUCUCCACGGCAACGACAACAACACGGCGGCGUUCCGUCGUACGCCACGCUGACCCGUCGCCCCGGGCGACACGCGGUGGCGCGCCUGCAGUCGGCCCCCGAGGGCUCGGGCUCGGGCUCGGGCGCGCACACACACACACACGCACACACACACACACACGCGUUGUUCAACUCCUCGUCCUCCUCCCAGUCGCCCGUGGGGCGGAGCCAGUCGUUCGCCGUGCGCACGCGUCGUAAGGGACCGCCCCCGGCCCCGCCCAAGCGCCUGAGCUCCGUCAGCAGCGGCGAAACCACGGAGACGGACGCGUCACCGCCCUCGUCAUCGCCCGCCACCUCGCCCGAGGCCGGGGUCUCCACGGCGACGGGGCUCCCUGGCGGCGUCCGAGGGGCCGUGGCGCACCUGGAGACCAGCAAAGCGGUCGUCGGGGCGACCGCACACACUCCCGCCGCCCAGGACACACACCACGGCACAGCCGCAGCACACACACACACACACACACACCUGCAGCCCCUCACACACUCGCCGGACCUCGGUCAGGCUCCUCGCCGCCGAGCGCUCAGCCAGGGCCAAUCAGAAGCGGCCGCUGCGCCCGCCGUCAGCCAAUCAGAACGCGCCGCCAAGUCGGACUCGGACUCGGAGGAGCCGAGCGGGGCGGGGCUAGCGGCGGGGGGGGGCGACGGGGGGCAGGGGGGGUCCGGCGGCUCGUCCAGCGAGUGCAUCCCCUUCGCCGAGGAGGGCAACCUCACCAUCAAGCAGCGGCCCAAAACCACCAGCACCAGCGGUCCGUCGCGGUCGGAGAGCACGAGCUCGGAACCCCCCGGCACACACACGCCGGACGACACACACACACUCACACUCCCUGAGUUCAAGCUGAAGGAGUCGGACACAGUCAAGCGGCGGCACAAGCCCAUCGCCAAGGAGACGCUGACGGCCGAGGCCAUCGCCAUGGAGAUGGAGCGGAGGCACCUGCAGCAGCAGCAGCGGCGCUCAGAGUCCGAGACCAGCAGCUCCAGCGACCUCGAGGUGACCUGGAGCGACUCGGAGGGCACACACACACACACGCACGCACACACACACGCUCACGCUCACACACACUCGCUGGCUCCGCCCAGCUGUGGGGGGUCGCCGGGGAAACAGGCCCCGCCUCCCGUCAGGCCCAAACCGCCAAGAUCGCCGUCGCCUCGACUACAGAGCAGCCCGACACCUACAGUGGUGAGCCCGAGCGUGCUGGUGAACAUGCAGCAGAGUGUGGCCUUCAGCAGCCCGGCGCCGUCGCCUCCUCCCCCAGCGGCGGGGCCUCCUGGUGGGGCAGCGCGUCCAGGAAAGUCCCCUGCUCCGGCCGCAGCUCCAGAGGAGGCCCAGCAGAGGCUGGAGAUGACCAGCACGUCACUGGAGGCGGCGCUCAAGGCCGUGGAGCAGAAGCUCACUCUGGACGAGCACACACACAGCAGCAGUCCGCUGGUGGUGAAGUCGGCCGGGAACAUUCUAGACGACAUCGGGAACAUGUUCGACGACCUGGCUGACCAGUUAGAUGCCAUGUUGGACUAAUACCUAAUACUCCCCCCAACCCCCCACACACACACACACCCAUGCACAC